GAGAAAGUAGAGCGAGAGACACCUAGCCACCAAACGCAGAGAAUACAGAUAUAAAAUCAUCUAUAUAUAUGAGCAGGCUUGAAUCGCGGUGUUCCGCCAUGGACGACGCCGUCAAGGUCGGCAAGAACGGGACCAAGCGUCGUCUUAAGGGAGGCGAAGAGGCGAAAAACGACGGAGAAGACGGCGACACGGAGGAGCAAUGCGACCAGGAGGCUUGGGAGAUUCUGAGCAGAGGAUUCCGGCAGGCGCAGUCCGUGCUGGAUCAGAACCGGGCCUUGAUCCAGCAGGUGAACAACAACCACCUCUCCAGGGACUCAGAGAAUCUCUCCAAGAACGGCGGAUUGAUCUGCGAGAUUAACGGCAAUAUCUCGAAAGUCCUCUCGAUUUACUCCGAUUUGUCGGUCGGUUUCACGAGCAUCGUUCACCAGCGCCCCAGGAUCGCCGCCGAGGACGACGAUGAUGACAAGGAGAAGAAGAAGGCGGAGAAUUGAUGACGAUUUUGAGCGAUGCAAAUUUCUCAGUAAUUUCGUUCGCGUUUUUUGUUUUUAGCUUUAUCCGUGAUUUAAUUAUGUGUGUUGACUGAGGAAGGUAUGAUCUUAAUUUGGUCCGGGUUCUUUGUUUCGGUAUUUGUUGGUGUUUGUUUUAAUUUGGUAAUGGUCUAGUAAGUGGUGGGUAAGAAUAAAGACUUCGUUUAUGCUAUGUUUUCUUUGUCUUGUAAGGAUGAAGACCUUGGGAUUGCUUAUCUUCAUUAUUAUCCGAACCCCCAGACGUGACAAGGAGAACUGGGUUCCUAAAUCCCAAGUCAAAACCAAAAACACAUGUACGAGAUGAUUCAUUUCAAUAGUGGGCGUCAUUCUUUGUUUUGGUCUUUCUUUACGUUAAUCAAAAAUUGAGACUUUGAUGUGUAGUAACUAAUAUAAAAGGAAAUGCUGAUCAGUCAGACGAGGUGUUGUCAAGGUAUUUUUGACAUUUUCUUGUGAAUAUAAUAGAGCAUGAAGAGGACAAUUAUGAAGAUAUAACAUUGAUGCAUCAUUUGACUUGCUUGGUUUCUGUUUUUUUGGGUUAGCAUCAGAAGCAGGGCUUGUUGAAAAAUCUUUCGAGAGGCUGUGAUAGACAUCUAGACGUCAUGAGGAAUGUAAGUUCAAUGUAUUUUUUUAGGUCUACAGGGCAAAAAAGCUACUUUUUUUUUUAGGUCCGUAGAUGUUAUUGGUAGCACUGGAAUAUAGAUCAAGACAUUCCGGCUUCCUUUGAUGGUUGAGCUCAUGCUGGCUUAUUGUCCAACUUCUGUUUUGCUACAUGUCACUAAUCUAAUAUAAUUGAACGCUCCCUUUCAUGCUAAUGCCGUAAAUUUUGGCAUAUACAGCGAAUCAUGAAACGAGGAAUUAUUAAGAAGCAUGCGCGA